UGCUGGCCCAACAGUGCGGUUGCCUUUUGCCUACUGCUCUACGAAUCGGAAUUGAAUUUCUAAGUAAAAUUUGUAAAUCGGACAAACGCGCGGCCAGCACGGGAGCUGCCUAUAAAGCACCGCAUUAGGCCAAGUAGAAACACCAGAGCAGACUUCAGACCCCAGAGUCCAAAACCAGAUACAACGAUGCACCUCUAUGUGGCCUUGUGGGUGUGUGGCACAGCUCUGGCUCUGCUGCUUGGCUGGCAGCAGCGCAAGUGCUGGCGGCUCAUCUGGCAGCUGAACGGAUGGCGGGGCGUGGCCCAGCAGCCGAUCCUGUGGUUCCUGCUCUGCAUCAACCUGCAUCCAAACAGCAUACUGGAGCGGGUGACGCAGAUGAGGAAGUACUUCCAGAGACCGCUGGCCAUCCUGGUCGGUACCCGGGUGCUGGUCUACAUCGAUGAUCCCGCCGGCAUGGAGAGCAUACUGAAUGCCCCCGAGUGCCUGGACAAGACCUUCAUGCAGGAGGGGUUCUUCGCCAAGCGCGGCCUGCUCCAUGCGCGCGGCCAGAAGUGGAAGCUACGGCGCAAGCAGCUCAAUCCCGCCUUCAGCCACAACAUUGUGGCCAGCUUCUUUGAUGUGUUCAAUGCCGUGGGCAACCAGAUGGUCGAGCAGUUCGCCUCCCAGCCACAUCUACAUGGCCGGGCCGUGAAAUUCACCGAUGCCGAGGAUAUGCUCAGUCGUGCCGUACUGGAGGUCUCCUGCCUGACUGUCAUGGGAACCCCAACUAAUUUCACCCAAACGGAUGACGCUCACAUCGCCUCCAGCUACAAGCGGCUGCUGGAGAUCUCGGCCAUCAGAGUGGUGAAGCCGUGGCUGCAAAUCGAUCUGCUGCACCGUUUGCUGGCCCCCGAGCUAUACGCGGAGGCGGAGAAGUGCAACCAAUUGCUGGUGGAGUUUGUGGCUGGGAUUGUGCAGAGCAAGCAUCGCAAUUGGCAGCUGCGGGCCGCUCUCAGCGAGGGUGCUGGCGAGGAUUCAACCGCCUGGCAGCGGCGCAUCUUCAUCGAGCAGAUCUUCCAACUGGCCGCCAACGGGGAGCUGACGUUGCAGGAGAUCGAGGACGAGGCCCAGUCCAUGGUCUUGGUGUCCUUUGAGACGGUCUCCAACAGCAUCAUGCUGGCCCUGCUCUGCCUGGCUACUCACAAGGGCGACUGCCAGCAGCGGCUGCGGGCGGAGAUCGCAAGCGUCUUCCCGGGCCAGGGCCAGGGCUUCACUCCGGAUGCCCCCCAUGUCGGCCUGGAGCAGCUGCAGCAGCUGCGCUACCUGGAUGCCUUCGUCAGCGAGGCUCUGCGCCUGUUGGCCACUGUUCCGAUGAACCUGCGGCACGUCAGUCGGGACUUCCAGCUGCCGGGACGCGAGGCCGUCGUGCCUCAGAACAGCAUCAUCGUGCUGGACACAUUCAACAUGCAGCGCGAAGAGGAAUGGUGGGGCGACAAUGCCAAGCAGUUCGACCCGCAACGCUUUCUCGACCAGGACGAUCAGCCAGAUCAGUCGCCGGAGGGCGAGGACGUCUCUGGAUCCUCAAUCCCCAAGACGAAUGGCCAACAGAAGCAGCAGCCACAGAGGCGCCACUCCUACAGCUUCCUGCCUUUCUCCAAGGGACUGCGCUCCUGCAUUGGCCGACGGUAUGGGCUGUUCAUCAUGAAGGUGUUCCUUGUGAAACUGAUCGUGGCCUUUGACUUCAGCAGCGACUUCCAGCUGGACCAGCUGCAGUUCGUGGAGAAUAUCUCUCUGAAGUUCAACAACGUCGAUGAUAUCUUCCUAGCGAUCCAGCCGCACCAGCAGAGCCAGGAUGCAACCUAACAUACCACAGGAUUCUUCAUUAUAUAAUAUGUAUCAUAAAAACAUGGUUUUUUUUUAUCUACAUAUAUCUAUCAUUUAUGUGCUUUAGCCAAUGCGUAUGGCUUCAGAAAUAAAUUUAGGCUAAUUUGUGUGUCCUCUAAAAGAUCGGCUUUUGCAUGUAAAAUGGAUUCAUUUAUAUAUAUGUCAGGUCAGUAAGCUUUUGUUUGUCCAAAGACUUUAAAUCUUCCGCAAUUCCACAGACAUCCAUGGCUUUCGAUAUACGAUGUUAGGAAGAUGUUGUUGCCGGUAGCCAGUGUGGGUCUUCU